CCCAGACCAGGGCUCGAACCCGUGUCCCCUGCAUUGGCAGGCGGAUUCUUAACCACUGUGCCACCAGGGAAGUCCAGGAACACCUUUCUGAGAAAGGGGAAUUUUAACUGGGAUGGAGAGAAGGCAGCCAUUUAAAAUGGGGAGGGGCUUUCUAGACAGAGGGAACAGCGUGUGUGAGGACCCUGAGGUGAAAAGGUGGGCAGAUGCUGAGGCCCAGGGCCACGGGAGAGAGGGGCUGCAUGGAGAAGACACGAAACCCAGGGUGGGAGGGGGAGAAUUAGGAGGAGGGGCUGUCGUCCAGGUGUGAUGGCAGGGUGGCGGCUGUAGGGAUACAGGACAAUUGGAUUGGAGAGUGAUUUUCAAUAAAACUACAGAGAAGGAAAGGCCUGGGAAGGCUGUGUGUUUGCUGGACAGCUGGAGGCGCCCUGCGGUUCUCAGUAGAGGGUGAUGGGCAGGUGGUCCCUGGCGGCCAUGUGGGAAAGUCUUGGGUGGCCCACGGCAGUCCAGGUGGCCAGUGGGGCCAUUGCAGGGGCCAGACCAGAGAUAAUGAGAGUGGACGAGGGUGGGCUGAUGCUGUGGAGAAGUGGGGGGCCACGAUGACCCUCAAAUGCCUCUGUCUGUCCUCAGCUCCAGUCCAUCACGAGGCCUUCUCCAGCUUCAAGGGUGUCGGUGUCCUGCUCUUUAGCCCCAGGACGGCACAGCAGAAAACGGGUCCUCAGGGGAAGGAUGAAGGAAAUCUGGAUCCCAAGGCUGCUCGUUUUCAGAUCUCUCCCCACAAACCCCUUCGACCCCAUGCUCAGGCCAGGCUGCCUCCUCAGGACAUGGCCAGUUGGUCCACCUCCUACAGGCUUUCAGAGAUUCCUCAGGCCUGUCACCUCCCUCUCUCCAGAUCCCCUGCUCCUGUGAUGCCACCAAAGAUGUUUUUCUCAGUCUGGCUCAGGCCUGACUCUGCAGCUGUGAAUGCCUCCCUUGUGUUUGGGGGCCUCGCCCCGGGCCCCUCUGCCCGUGAAGUCCUCUGGACUCUGUACCGCAAAGUGAAGGCCGCAGGGAAGUUGUUGGGGACCCUGUCCCUGGAUGAGAGCAGUCUCGCCUCUGAGGGGUCCGACCUGACCGACCUGGCCCUGGAGACCACCAGCAUCCAUCCCACGGCCAUGAGGCCCUUCCAGCCCCCGCUCCUCCUGCCUGGCUCUGCCCGCUUUGUCCUGCUGGAAAAGACGAUCCUCCGACAGGUCACACCCGUGCUGUCAGGAUUCUAUACAGCGCGUCCCCAGGAAGAGCCCCUGCUCCUCUUCAGUAAUGCGGACCAGUGGGCGGGCGUUUACAUCGAAUACAAGUUCCAGACCCCCAUCGGUACCCACCUCCCAGGCUUGGCCAAUCACCUGGCCCGGAACAUAAUGGAUCCUGCUGUCCAGAAAUCCAGCAUCAUGGCCAAUGCGGGGAAAGCAGAGCUGGUGCAGUGUGAAGUGUGGCUGCAGAUCCUGGACCAACCCCUCGCCAAGGGCUCGUGGGACAAAAGCAGCCCUAAGUCCCAGAAACUUCGGGGGAUGCUGAUGCGAUGGGUGAAGUGGGGGCGGGGGGAGGGAAGGGAGGAGCAGGAGGCUGGAGGCUUCAUGUGUGGGGACCCGACAAGGCUGCAGUACAGCUGUGACCCUCUUCCUCCUCUCUGCUCCCCAGCUGACCACCGUCCUCAGGCCUCUGCAGAACUCCGGCCAAGUGGUGGUGGAGAAGUUCCACCUCCUGACACUGGUGAAGAUCUUCCCGCCAGGCCCGACCCACUGACUGCCAGGGUGGGUGCCACCUUCUUCAGGGCCGCGCCGGCCCGAGCCCUCGUGCAGGACUGCGUGCUCCGGGGUCUGCAUGACCUGCAGGAAGCUGAGGGCCUCUCCGUGGAGAUGGUCAGCCCAGACCUCGGUCAGCUUCACACCCCCACCCCCAGCUAUGCUGUGGCGCUCAUCGUCCUGGGGCUUCUGCUUCUUGCGCUCACCCUCGUCCUGGUGCUGACGCGGAAGGCCUGCUUCGGAGUGUCCAGGCGCCCCUUCCCGAUGCUGCUCCUGCCACUGAAACUGCACCCCAAACCUCUCCUCCUCCCGGCCCUGCCCCCAGCCUUCCACAGUCAGCGCCUCAACCCUGACAACGAGAGCCAGAGCAGCAAGGCACCACCCGAGGUCACACAGCAAGGGGGGCUUCUUCCCUCCUAG